AAAGCACUAACUUCCGGUAAUUUAUUUUGGCGCGGAAAAACAAAAACAAAGUUGAGAGAAUUUUAAUGUAUUAAAACAUGACAUCAGCAGAGUUUCCUGAAACAUCUGAAGCAUUAAAAGAUCUACAAAAUCUGUUUAAGUGUAAAUCCUGUGGAAAGUUAGCUGAGAGUCCAUGUACUUUAGGUGGCUGUGAACAUAUUUUUUGCAAUACAUGUUGUGAUAUUAACCUAGAGAAGAAUGAAUGUCCACUGUGCAAUGUUCAUGUGAAUGUAAAAGCAGCACAGGUAAACCGACAGAUUUAUAAUGUAGUAAGACUUUGUCAGAGGUUGGAGGCUGUUCUGACUGACACAGAUAAUAACAGCUAUGUCCAGACACAAAAAACAGAGUCACAUUCAGAUCUGAUAUGUGAAACAGAAACCAUAGCAGGAAACAUUGGUUCAUACAGAUCCCCUAGCAACAGGAUAAAUUCUAAAAAGGAUGAUAAAAGUGUAGACCAUACUUCAAUGAAGAAUAAAAAGGAGCAGUUAGAUGUCUCCACCAAUGAUCAUGAAAGAGAAACACAAUCAUCAAAAGAUAGAAGAAAAAGGAGAAGUGUUCCAGCAGAUCAGAAAACAAUGACUCAAAUGUUGCUUGAAUCAGACCAGGAACAUGAAGAAGAAGAAAUGUCUUUAAGUGAAGAGGAAGAACAAACUCCCCCCAAAAAUAAAAAGAAACGCAAGAUAAAAGGGAAUAAAUUACUGAAAAGUGGUACACAGUAUCCUAUUGACCAGACCACAAUGAGUCAGUACUUUGAUUAUACUGAUGUUGAGGAUGGAAGUUUUGGUGGUGUUCAGGAUGGCAAAAAGGAAAUAAUAAUAAAAAAUGAAACUACCAAAACGUCUGAUAGAAAGAAGAAACUACACAAGAAUCAAACUAGAAAUUUGAGAACACGGUCUAAAGAUAUGAAGGUUAAUAAUUCAGACACAGAGACUCCAUCUCCUAUCAGGAAAACCAGUAGGAGACAUUCACUUGGAGCAGUAACAAAUAGAGUUCAGGAAUUGAGGGAUGAACAUACAAUGACUACAACUGACAAGAAGGCUAGAAGAAGUCUAUCUCCAAAUAAAUCAAGUAACACAAAAUCUAGAAGUCAUUCCCCUAAGCAGCAGAGCCAUGAUACAUCUAUAAAUAUAUCCCCACAGCAGCAAGGCAAGAGGAAGUCCAAGGACAAGCUGAAUACUAGUUUAACAGGAAGUGGAAAGAAAAAUGUUGAUCCUUUACUGAAAAAGAAUGCUAAAGGGGAAACCCCAUUACAAGUAGCUGCUAUAAAGGGAGAUAUCAAAAGAAUUGAAGAAUUACUUAAAGCUGGAGCCUUACCCAAUGCACGAGAUAAUGCAGGAUGGACGCCCCUGCAUGAAGCAGUGCAUUACGGUCAUACAGAAAUAGCCAAGAGGCUGUUAGAUCAUGGGGCUAUGAUAAAUGUUCCAGGGACAGAAAACGAUACACCCCUUCACGAUGCUUUACGACAAGGCCAGUUAGAUUGUGUUAGACUACUGGUGUCGUAUGGGGCAUGUCUGACUAGUAGGAAUAUCCAUGGUUUAACUCCAGAAGAUUUUGCUGUCACAGAAGACAUGAAAGCUGCAUUGACCACAGAUAUCACAACUUCAUCAAGCAAAACUACAGAGGUUGUAGAUGUACUAGAAUACCAGCAGCCAUGUUUACUGCACACAGCUUUAUCUAGAGAGCAGAAAAUAUUACUGCAGAAGUGUGCAACUGUUAUACAGGGCAGAGUGGUAGAGGAUUUCUGUCCUGAAGUAACACAUAUAGUAACAUCCUGUAAUAAAGAUGGAAUGUGUGCCAGAACAUUCAAAUACAUGCAUGGUGUUGUUAAUGGCAAAUGGAUUGUCAAUUUUGAAUGGGUGAACAUGUGUUUAGAAUUUGGUGAUAAAGUUUGUGAAGAAGCCUUUGAGAUUCCUGGUUCAAGUCAGAACAUUGAAUCUCAUGCAGCAGAGAAAGGCAGGAUCAACAGGAAAAAUCAGCAACCAAAGUUAUUUGAUGGUUACCAGUUUUAUUUCUGUGGAAAUUUUGAAUAUCCAACUCCUCAAAAGGAAGACUUGAUAGAACUGGUUAAAUCUGGUGGCGGUCAGAUUCUUACGAGAGAACCAAAGCUUGACCACAUACCUAAAAUACCAACUGUGCCUUAUCAUGCACCAAAUAGUGGACCUUUAUCAAAGUGCUAUAUUUUUGUUGUCCAUGACAACAACUCACGUAAUGAACUAAUCAGAAAGGAGAAGAUAUGUUCUGUAUCUGUGGCCUGGAUAUUGGACUGUAUUGGAUUGUUUCAGAUAAAACAAAAUGUAGAAAUUUAAAUCUUCUUCAACACAAUGGCAGAUUUUUGUUUUGCUUGUAAUAAAAUAUUCCAUCAAC